UGAAACAUCUUUACAUCUGGCAAUUCUUUCAUGGGAGACCUAGCUGUACCCUUUAGAAGGACUGUAAUGGAGAUGGGUACUAACAAGUCUUCUCCAAGAACGAAGAUGCUUCAAGGUCAAUCUGCUUCUUCAACAAAAACAGAAAGAAAGGUCAUAGAGAAAAAUAGAAGAAAUCAAAUGAAGACCCUUUUUUCCAAUCUUAAUUCCCUCCUUCCUAAAGAAAACGCCAAGGAAGCACUGCCAUUACCUGAUCAGAUAGAUGAAGCUAUAAACUAUAUAAAAAGUCUAGAGGCAAGGUUGAAGAAAUCCCAAGAAAAGAAAGAAAGGCUAUCAAGCAAAAAAAGAUCAUUUUCAGAUUACAGCAAUUCUUGUGAAUCUACUUCAACCUUAAAAGCACCUCAACUACAAAUCCGAGAAGUGGGUUCUGCUUUACAAAUAACUUUGAUAAGUGGGUUAGACAACCAGUUCCUUUUCUGUGAAAUGAUUCGCAUUCUUCAAGAAGAAAAUGUAGAAAUUGUUAAUGCUAGUUUUUCAGUUGCUGCCAGUUCAAUUUUCCAUGUAGUUCAUGCACAGAUGAGGGAAUCUGAUUUCAUGUUUGGAGGUGCAAAAGUAUCUGAGAGACUUAACAGGUUAAUCAAUGGAUCGACAAGCGAAAUAGAGUUAGAACCAGAGUUAUGGGAUUUCAAUGAUCUAAAUCCUGAGACAUGGGGAUUCUAGUUUUGAAUUUGGAUUUCUUGAAUCCAUGAGAA